AAAUAAUUUGGCAAUCGUCAAUUGGAGCUUCUUCCGAACCUCGAAUCAUCCGCAGUAUAGCGUCAAUGUCGAUAUCAAGAUGUUGUACGAACUCAUAGGAAUUGUGCGACCGGGCUCCCUCGCCGAGGUGAAAGAAAUCGCCCUCACCGCCGGCCAAAUCGUCCUCCGCAACGGCGGCGUCAUCCGCGGCAUCUCCAACUGGGGCGUCUUCACCCUCCCGCGCCCCGUCGCAAAGGCCCAGAUGAAGCACAAGGCGGGCCACUACUUUGUCAUGCGCUACGACGCCUCCUCCGCCACCCACAACGACAUGCGCACCACAAUCAACCUCGACCCCCGCGUCAUCCGCACCGCCCACGUCAAGCUCGGCGACGGCAAGCUCGAGACCAUGGCCCGCUUCGGAGACGUCAAGUGGGAUCAAUGAGCGCGUUUUCAAGGGGAAGGAAAAAAGAAGACGGCCCCCAGACGUGAGAGGGGCAUGGAAAAGAAACCAGGGAAUAUGUGGAUCAUCACCGCCGCGGAUGAAGAGUGGGAGACCGCACAGCGUGGGGUAUUUGAUUCUCCUUCGCGUGGGAGAUGGAAAUCGUGGCUCGCGGGCCUCAAAAUGACAGUUGUUGUAUGAUACGGGAUCCACCCCCGAGCCGGCGCCGGGGACAUUUGAUUGCGCGUGUAUAGAACCGACGACAGUUCGGAGUGUAUAAAUAUGUGGCACGCCACUGAUAUAACCUGGACGGAAUGGUUUACUAAACUACUGCGUUAAAAGAAUAUGCACUUUUUUUGCACUGAG